GCGGCCCUACAGCCGUCUGGCCAGCUCCGUGAUGCCUAUCGAGGCAGGGAUUCUAAGACAACCGGAUUCCGUUCACUUUUAACCGUCGCCCCCGGCUCACUUUUACUGCCCAUCUGCCGCGGAGCUCCACCCCAGACAGUCGCUUCUUCUCGGACUGUCAGCCUGCCCGCGUCGGAGUGGUCAUUCUGCUCCUGCCACUGCCUGCUCUGGGCACACUUAUCACCGAGGCCAAUCUCGUCUCGACCCCUCUCGGUCUGGUGCACGAGUGGUCAAGGUGUCCGGGAAACUGUCGCUGGCCGGCAGCACCUCUGCCGAAAAGCGAUAACAAGCCUCCGUCUGCCGACAGGAUGUGGGGUGGGGUGUGAUGGACCGGGUGGGCAGAUGAGACAAGGCUGGGGGCCCGAGGUGUCAGGCAAGAAAAGUAGACAUGGGCUCGAGUCCCUGUCUCCUGUGCGAUUCUUCUGCCGGGCGAAAGAGACAUUAUUCCAGGCUGGCGGUGGGAAAUCGGGGACCAUGGCCACAUUCUGUCUCUUUCUGCGCGUCCGCGUGAUGUGGAAGCGUCCAAGCGUGGGUCUCGGGGAUGCUCGAACGGGACUCGAUGUCACAUUCGGCCAAACAGGCGUGCCAAGACUCCGUGAACACCGCCUCCACCUCCUACCCUCGUCAACCUCAACUUCAUUAUCUUCAUUAUCAUCUUCUCAACUGCCACUGUUGCCAACCUCACAGGCCCACCCCGCCUUUGCCCAACUUCAACAACGCCACUUUCACAUUCCCUCCAAUCCCCUGCAAGUGUAUAUGCAAAUUGCACCGUUGCGGUUGGACCGGCUGCAGUUUCCUCUCCCUCAUCUUGGCGCCAGGUCACACACCACCUCCAUGUUGCGAUUGUGUGAUUUGUUGCCUCGUCUCACAGCACACUUCCUCGGAAGACGAAGAAAUAAAGCACUAGAAUUCGAGACCCCUGCCAAUCGCCACUCGUACAGCCACACUUCCUUCCGUCUUUCCCCACUCGUCACUACCAUCGUGUCUGGUCACACAGCGCACCAUGACAGAACGAUAUAA